GCCUGGCCACACUAAUCGGGGUAAACAAAAAGUUGUUGAUUAUAUAGGAUAGGAUUAGGAUUUGGCCCAAAACGGCCACAAAUAGGCCAUGUCAAAACUAAGCGAAACCAAGAUCCCGAUCACGGAGUUCCUGGAGGCUUACCGCCGUCAGCCGUGCCUCUACAACUCGCAGAUGGACUCGUACAAGAAUCGCACGUCCCGGGAGGAGGCCUACGAGGCCAUAAUCCGAUCCCUGAAGAUUCCCCAACUGACCGUGGUGGACAUCAAGCUGAAGAUCAAGAGCGUGCGCACCGUCUACUCCAAGGAGCUGCGUAUCUGGAUGCGCGAGAAGGAGCUGGGCCGGAGCUAUGAGCCCAAAUUGUUUUGGUUUAAGCUGGCCGACUCCUUCCUGCGCUCCGUUUCGCUUUCCCACUGCAAGAGGGCGAAGAACCAGCAUGCCAGUGCAACCCCGCAAACGGCGGUCAAAACGAAGGAGUCGUUGACGCCCUCGAGCAAACUGCUCUUCACUGCCGCCGCUGAUAUCAGUAUGAGCGAGGAUGCGCUGGAAGAGGAGGACGAGGAGACCGAAGGCGAGGCGGAUGAGGGUCCUCCAGACCAUGGCAAGCCUCCGGCUAGCAGCUGCAUCAUUUCCAUGGCAGCGGACCAGGCUCGCUGCGGCAAGGACGAGUUAAUCAUUGAUGAUUCCUCACUCUGUUUGGUGGAGCAGCAGCAGCAGCAGCAGCAGCAACAGCAACAGCAGCAUCUUCACCAUCAGCAGGCGCAUUCUCAGCAGCUCAACAGCACGCAGGCACAACGAAAACCGAAGUUCAGCCUGGGUCUCGACUCCGCCGGCGAGGAUGAGCUUGGGAUCUUCGGCCAGAGCAUCGCCUCCCAGCUGCGCACCAUCUCGGAUUCGUACUCCCGGUCCGUGGCCAAGCUGCGCAUCCAGCAGGUGCUGUUCGAGGCGGAAACUGGACAGUUCCAGAGCACCGAGGUCAAUAGCACGCAGCUCCAACAUACCUUUUAACCAUUAAGCUUAGUUUAAAGUCAACUAGUUCGUGUAUUUACGUGUUUAUAUAGUCCUUGUUCUGGAAACAGCAAGCUCUUGAUGAGGAGCAUUUUUAACCCGUUUGUAGUUUAGUCUAUUCUAGUAAAGUUUAUUCCCAUAAAUGACAAAAUUGUAAAUAUAACUUUAAUAAAAUAAAUACCUUUUAAGCAAUCGAA